AUGACAGCUGGAGAGGUCGCGUCAAUGUUAGUGGAAAAGAACUUCCUCGAACCAUCCAUCAAAUUAUGCUUGGUGGAAAAAGUGCCAUCGCUAAAAGUCGAGCGAGUAUUUGAGGAAUCUGAAAACGUUGCUGAAUGUAUUCUUUCAUGGCCAAUCAAGAGUCAAAACAUGAUUUUCUUUGAAAGUCGGGAUGAUCACUUUGGAUUCAUCGAAUCACCUAAAGACUGGCUUGGUGAAUCUUUUGCCAGCAUUCAUGGCUUCCAUUCCAAUGACUCCUUGCAGAAUAUGUUGGACAAUUUCGCUUCAUCUGGUCUCGCGGAGUGGCACGAUUUUUUGUAUAUCCGAAAACCGGGUGAGAAAACCUGGGCUCGAAGACUGUGCGUUCUCCGCAAUUCGGGUCUCUACGCGACCAAAAAGAGCAAAAAAUCGUUUUCGGCCAGCGAUUUGAUUCGACUUCUGGUGAUGGAUGACAAGCUCCACGUGUACACAACCACGGGUGGAUGGAGUCGCAUGCGAGCACCCACUCCGCACGGAUUUGCACUUAAGUACGGUACUGGCUUACUUCAAGACUAUCAAACAGCAAAAAAUCGGGUGAGCGGCGGGCGAGAAGGCCAAAUUACAAAGGCCACCACCGAUCUCAAAAAACUCGGCCGCACGUCAUCGUUGGAGCAUGCUAGAUCCGCCAUAGACAAUGCCUUCCAGACACCGCAACUUCUGACCCGACGCCAGGCGUCUGCAGGUAACCUUAACACCACGAAGUUCACCCCACCGAUCCCGCAGCAGCGCGUCGCGUCGCUGACCCCCCAACCGAAUCUGUCAACGAUUUUUAAGCACCCGCUCGAUCUGUCCCUCCAAAACGGUGGCAUCAAACACCACUCAACCGGCGCCCAAUCACAACACGUAUACAUCCGAUGA